CUUCGCUGGACCGUUCUGUGAGGAGGGAACGAAGGUGGGCGCGUGCAAUCUGGCUCGAGGCUCCUUACUAGGUUUCCCUGUGAUCUCUCGGUCUUCCAGAGGGACUUCUAGGCGGUGGCAGAGGCUUCCCGGGUGCUGCAGUGUCCCUGCUCCUAAGUGACCAGCUGCCCGGUGCUAUGUCUCGUCCACCCCCUGACGUCAUCACUGAUGACUGUCUCCGAAGUUAUAACUACCUCUUCUGCCCAGAUAUCCUCCGUGACAAAAUUGCCUUUAUCACUGGAGGAGGCUCAGGAAUUGGGUUCCGAAUUGCAGAAAUCUUCAUGCGACAUGGCUGCCACACAGUCAUUGCUAGCAGAAACCAGCAAAGGGUGUCUGAUGCUGCCAAGAAAUUGGUUGCUGCCACUGGCCAACAGUGCCUACCCCUGUCUCUGGAUGUCCGGGAUCCUCAGACCAUUAUUGCUGCAGUCGAUAAGGCUCUGAAGAAGUUUGGCAAGAUUGACAUUCUCAUUAAUGGUGCAGCAGGUAAUUUUUUGUGUGCAGCCAGCAGCAUUUCCUUAAAUGCAUACAAAACUGUGAUUGAUAUUGAUACAAUUGGCACCUUCAACGUCUCCAAAGUUUUGUUUGAGAAGUACUUCCAGGCCCAUGGUGGUGUGAUCAUUAACAUCUCUGCUACCCUGGACUACCGAGGGCAGGCGCUCCAGGUGCAUGCAGGCACUGCCAAGGCAGCUGUGGAUGCAAUGACAAGGCACUUGGCUGUGGAGUGGGGUCACAACAACAUCCGAGUUAAUAGCCUGGCUCCAGGCCCCAUCAGUGGCACUGAGGGGAUGCGUCGACUUGGUAGCCAUCAACCCAACUGGGAUAGAAAUAUUUUGGGAAGCCCUCUCCAGAGACUGGGGAACAAAACUGAGAUUGCCCAUGGUGCGCUGUUCUUGGCCAGCCCCUUAGCAUCCUAUGUGACAGGCACAGUUCUGGUGGUGGAUGGUGGGAGCUGGCUGACUUAUGCCAAUGAUUACAUGAAGAUGUUGGGGAUCGAAACCUUCACUUCCAAACUCUAGGUAGCUGUCCUGCUGAGAUAAAUGAAGGAGGGUUCCUACCUCAGACCUACUCUUCUCUCAGAAGACUUUCCUGGCUCCUCUCCCCUUGAUUCCCUCUGGCAUGCGAAGCUAUUUCGAGGCAAAGCUGCAGGGUACUAAAUCUAACAAAACUAUUUCUCAGCCCUUCCACUCUUAGGGGUUUUCUGUAAGAAAAGCCUGGUGAAUCUACAACCAUUCCCUCCUUUCUAGUGGCUCCAUUGCUGAUGCUUCUAGGCAGGUUAUGGGGGCCAAUUUGUUGAGCUUCUGGUAAGAUAAUAUUUUAUUAGGGGGUAGUCCUGGAUUGGGUUAAAACAAACAAAACUUUUGUAAGCAACCACAAGAUAUUAACCAUCCUAGGCACAUCUUUUACUAGCUCAUCCUUUCAAUGAACAGACACUCAGAUAGGAAAUACAUUAAAUCUAUAUUUUGUAAACCUUUGGAACAAAGGGCUCUUAUUGGAAAGAUGUCAGCCUCUUCUCUCACCCUUUCGUGCUGACUUAACCCUGCUGGGAACAUUGUUCAAAACUUGCUGAGUCUUGAUAAGAGCCUUAUUUUCACCUGGAUCAUCUUUGCCCUCCCUCUAAGGAUAAAUAGGAUGACUGAUGAAAUGACUGUCAGGCCAGAAUGACCAGAACUUCUGGAUUUGCUUCCAGAUCCAAACAGUGGGCUUCAGGUAUUUCUCUGCUCCCUGAUGAGGUCAUGUUCUCUAUUGUUUGGGGAGGGGAGGAAAGAGUUAUUAGAUUAGACUUCGUCAUAGCCAAAAGGAAGAGAAGCUGUUAAUAGUCCAUUUCCAGGGGCAGCUAAGUGGUGCAGUGGACAAAGCACUGGCCCUAGAUUCAGGAGGACCUGAGUUCAAAUCCGACCUCAGACACUUGACACUUACUAGCUGUGUGACCCUGGACAAGUCAACCCUCAUCACCCUGCCAAAAAGAAAAAAAAUAGUCCAUUUCCAAAUCCCUCUUCUGUCCAAACUCUGGAGUAUUGCUUCAACUGUUCAUUUUGCUUAAUGUAGUCUUGGGUUUUUUCUUUGAAAGGGGAAAGUAUGUCAGGAAGGAAUGAAGUGUGACUAGAUCUCCUCUGGCCUCCCAGACUCACCUGGAGCCCUUUCCCACCAUUCAGACACUGCCAGCUGAGAAUUGUUUAUGUCAAAGUGAGACUUAAUAAUACACAGUGGUGUUUUAUAAAGUCCUGAGGGAAGCAACAUCUCUUGUUGGGAAGAAUCCACCCCUUCCUGUGGUAUGCUAAUAGCAUAUUAGCAGAGACACCCCCUCCUGGAUUGCAUAUAGAUUUUGCAAGGGGUUAUUCACAUGCUCUUGGUAACUGGGAGAUGCCAGCAGCAGAUAAGUUGCUGUGAUACAAAGCUAAUUAGGGCCAGUUGUGGGGAUGGGGUAGGGUUAGCUGGGAGAAUGAGUGAUUGCAUUAAUUCCCUAUGAUGCUGACUGCUUUAAACAUAAUAGGAGCAAUCUCUUCAAAUGCAGCGAGCUUUUGAUGAUUCUGGGGCCAGUUACCUAGAUCCAUGAAUUCUUAUUUCUCCAGCUACCCACUGCUUGCUAUUUUUCUGCAUAUUAACACCUCUACCAUUGUCUGGGCAAGGACCAGGAAAAUAGCCCCUUGAUUUAAUUACUUGCAAACAGUUUAAUAUUGAAACUAUUGACUACAGUGACAUUUUGCAGCAACUUUGGAAAUUUAUUAUCCAUACAAUCCUAUGUGAAAAACUUACCAAGGGGGAGCAAAAUUUAUACUGUUUGUUCAAAUGAGGCUAUUCAUAUAGAGGAGCUGGGAUAGUUACUGACCCCUUUUACCCUCUGGAUGGCACUUUUAAGACUGUUCUGCCAUCCUCUUCUCAGAUCCUCAUUUUUCCCUUCCUGUUUCCUAUCCCCUCUUACCCACCAUCCCAAGGUCCCACUGGGGGCAGCCAGUGCUAGUAGCUAUGGGCUGGUAAUGGGUUUUAUCCACCAUAUAUCUUUGAUCUUUCCUACAUUAAUCCUGUAUUUUACCUAGAAAUUUGUUUUCAGAGAUUUUUUCCUUAGUGCCUUAGACCCCAGCUUCUUAAAUGGUGGGUCAUGGCCCCAGAUGGGGUCAUGUAACUGAAUGUGGGGGUUGCAAAAAUUUGGCAACAGUAAAAGGUUCUGUACUCAUUUUAUAUACCUGGAGGUAAAAAUUUCUCAGGUGAAAAGGGGUUGCAAGUAGAAAAAGUUUAAAAAUCCCUGCCUUAGACCACAACUUACAAGUAUAGGACAUUCAAUUAGAGUGGAAAGCAGGUCUUCCUCUCUUUCUUAAGGUGCAAGGCCGAAUUGUGAAGCCUCCCUGGGGUCUGAUGUUUUGUUUAGGAAAGAUUCAAAAUGUUGGAUAAGGAACAUAUAUAAAUGAUUUAAUGUGCUGUUUUUCUCUUUGCAUCUUGGUUGUAGAUAGAGGGGAAAGUUUACAAAGAAACUUGAGACUUAAUCUUUUGUUUGUUUAAUUGUCAAUUGUCCUGUGCAAAAAAUAAAAUUUUGUUCUUGAAGUUA